UCAUAAAAUCCUCAAUCUUUGUCCAAAUCAAGUGAGGUUUUGGUCUAAAUCGACUAAUUUUUCCCAAGCUUCGUGAUUGUGAGGAGGAAUUCCAGAGAAAACGCGGUUUUGGGGUCGAAGUUUGAAACCCUAGGUUGAGAUAAUUUGGGGGUUUUGGGAUUUUUAGUUUCACAAGCAUCCUCUCAUCUUGAAACAAGGAAAUGGCAAAGACAAAGGAAAAGCCGGGGUCAAGUUCAUCCUCAUCAAGAGGCAAGGGCAAGGAGAAGGAGCAGCCAUCGAAGAAGAGGCAAUAUCUGGGUAGGGUUAGUGAAAGCGAAAGCGAGGAAGAAGAAGAGAUGCAGUUAGACCCAAGAGAUAAACCGGUGUGGAAUUCGGGGUCGUUGGAUGACCAACCCGAAAUUUGGCAGCCAACUUUGUAUAACGAUUGCAUGAACAAGUUAAAGAAUAAAGCGGCCGCAUUCAUCUGUGAAAGAGAUGUUGAUGAGCCUCAGUUGGGCCAGUUCGGGGUGUAUGACAAGUUCCGUGCUUUGGGUUGGGAAGGAGCACUCAAGUGUUGGGAUAAGGAUAAGAGCAAUUUGUUUUUGACUGAGAUUCAGGAGUGGAUGGCAACGCUUAAAUGUCACAACUUCCACAGGCCAUCACAAAUGAAGUUGGUUGGGACGGUACAUGGGGUACCAGUUGAAAUGUCAUUCGAUACGUUGAAGAAGUUGGGAAAAUAUGAUAGCCUUCCAACUAGGGAGUACAUGAUUCCCACGCUUGAUGAUUUAUUGCUCAAACCCGAGAAGCAUGUGACAUGGAACAGUAUGUUGGCGGAUUUGUUUUUGCCCGGUAGGUAUGGUGGCGUGUUAUACCGAAAAAAUCUGAAGAUAGAAGCCAAGCUCUUGCAUACGAUCUGUUUACUUAAUGUCAUCCCAAGGAGAGGGGAUAAAGAGCAGGUGAGGUUUCCAGAGAUACCUGUUCUGUAUUCAUUGAUGCAUGGCUCCCCACGCUUUCCAAUUCGCUACCUGAUUAUGCACCAUUUGUGGAUAUGCCGGAACAAAUACGGGAGAGACAUUGUCCCGUACUGCGCAUCAUAA